CACCACAAAUGUAUUCCUAUUGGAAUAGGACAGCGCAAACGCAACAGAUGAAGCAAAACAUAACCUAAGGCACGUAAAACAAAUGUUUUGUUUUGGAUUUUCGAUCCUCUUAAAUCAGUGAAACAAUGUCGUUUCCUUACACUUAAAUCCGUGCCACCGGCACUAUACGAAUUUUGUGAUAUACUCAUAGAGUGGACCAAAGAAUAAACAGGAGAAAAAAAAACAUGGCGAAAAUAUUGAUUAUCGAAGCGUUUUACGGGGGCUCGCACAAACAGCUCUUGGAUACAAUUUUAGAAAAUAUCAACAGCAUGGAAUAUGAACUGUUUACGUUGCCAGCAAAAAAGUGGCACUGGAGAGCACGAAUGAGUGCUCUACAUUUCGCACAAACGAUACCAACGGAUCAUCAGUACAAUAUUCUCUUCACUUCCUCCGUUUUGAAUUUAGCUGAACUGUUAGGUGUACGUCCCGACCUAGCAAAAUGUCGGAAAAUCGUUUACUUCCAUGAAAAUCAAUUGGUUUAUCCGGUCAGGGAGAUCAAAGACCGUGACUGUCAGUAUGGAUUGAAUCAAGUGAUGACCUGUCUCUCAGCUGAUGUACUGAUUUUCAACUCCAAUUUCAAUCGAACGUCAUUCCUCAACAGCAUAAAUCCCUUUCUGAACAUUCAGCCGGACUUUAAAUUGAAACAAAUUCGGGAAAAAAUCGAACCAAAAUGUGAGGUGCUCUACUUCCCCAUCAAAUUUCAACAGAUGGCCAAACGCAUGGAAGAAAACUACAAUACCGUGCUGCAUCUGAUCUGGCCCCAUCGUUGGGAACAUGACAAAAAUCCUCAACUGCUGACCGAAACAUUGCUGGAGCUGGACAAAAGAAAAGUUCCGUUUAAGGCUUCGAUAAUUGGCGAGAGUUUCCAGACCCGGCCUGAGUGUUUCGAUGGCAUUCAAGAGAAGCUCGGCGAUAAAUUGAUCAAUUUCGGUUUUCUCAGCCGUGAGGAUUACAUUCGGUGUUUAUUGAAUGGAGACGUUGUGAUUAGCACUGCUGGUCAUGAAUUUUACGGAGUUUCAAUGCUUGAAGCAACGUAUUGCGGCUGUAUGCCAAUAGCUCCGAAUAAACUCGUCUAUCCCGAAAUCUAUCCGGCUGACAAUUUGUACAACACAUCAAAUCAACUCAUCAAAACGCUGUACAAUUGGUGCAGAAAUCCGUCGGUGUUCCGGAAGCAUCGGGAAAAGUUUUUCGAAUGUUUCUCGUUUGAGCGUUUCAGUGCGUCGAAUUUGAUACCGAAUUAUUUGGACAAGUUCAAAAUUCAAUAAGUCAAUUCGAACGGAACGCUAGACCACAAAAUGUUUUCAAUUUUUUGUCGAGAUGUUUCGUACAUUCGAUUCCAACUGCCAUUGAUUGUUUUGUAAAGGAAGUUGUUUUUGUUUGACUUUCGAUCUGUGUUUUACUGAUUUGGUUCUUCCGUUUCAAAUUUGUUUUUUAAUGAUAAAAAUCAACGUGCAAUGGGACAGCCAAUGUAAAUUUUAGUGUUUCAAGAGUAAAAAUAUUCAAUUAGUCAA